AUGGAGUUGCUAGGUACAGUGGUGGGUCCUAGGCACGUGCGUGUGGGGUUCCUUCGUAGACAAUUGGAGGUAGUCAAGCGUAAGCUCAGUCGUUUACGACUUGUGCGGACUCAGUAUGCGUGGCUUCUGUUAUCAAAGUCAUUUCAAGCAUCGCUUCGACACCUCCAGCGCUCGUUGGACCUCAGUGACGCUGGGGAUGAAUGGCACCGGGUAGACGAUGUCUUCCGUUCUGCUAUUCGUGAGUUGCGCGGCUCUCCUAGAGUCUUACCCACGGACGAAGAUCUUUUUCAUCUUCCGUCAUAUCAAGGCGGCCUAGGUAUAGUAUCGCACGCACGUGUAGCACCCUUCGCGCGUAAAGCCAUGGCUGAGCAAGCUGGACGGCAGCUACAGCUCAUUCUUCACCCGUCUUCUGACCUGAAUCAGCCCCCAAUCACCCAGCAGCGAACGUACACUGAUGUGGCGAAUGCUGUGAGGUAUAAGGAGCUGAGUGAUGGGCUUGACCUUUAUGGCAAGUUACAGUUGGCGGAGAAUGGUACGAAAUUGGGGCGAAAGCCUCUUACGUCUCUACCAUUUGAGCCUGGCCUGCGCUUUACUAACUCUGAGUUCAAGGCUCUUCUCCACCUGCGGACGCUGUGUCCUGGCGAGGCACACAUUUGCCAUUGUGGUCAGCACAACACGCCUGGCCAUGAUGACAUUUGUCGUGACCGAGUUCAAAUCAAGACGUGGCGACACGAUAAGGUGCGGGACCACCUUGCUAGUUAUCUCAAGGCGGCAGGUGUAUCUGUAUCGACGGAGAAGAAGUUAGCUCCAGAGGAUCCUCACAACUUGAUGAGGAUGGACUUGGUCCUCAGCCACGCUAACGGUGCUGGCGCGUACGCCAUGCAUGACAUCACUAUCCAUUCUGCUUCCGCCUUAGCCCCUUAUAUCGCUUCAAUUACUAAGGAUUGGCAACAGAAAGAUGGGAUGCAGCUGUUACGGGCCGGUUUGAGCCACCAAGCUGCAAAGAAGGUGGACAAGUAUCGGCACGUUGUCUCUUUAGACUUCGUGCCACUUGUCUUCAGUGCUGGCGGUGCCUUGAGUGCGCAUACUAUGGACCUCUUCAAGGCUUGGCGGAGUAUCGUCCCAAGUUGGGAUCACCUUCAACGUCUCAUCGCCUUUGCCUUAGUUCGAAAACGGGUUACGAACUUCCGCCUGGUCAAUUGA